GGUUAACUGACUUGUUGACAAUAUUUUGUUAGCAAUCAGGUACCAAAAAGAUACUUAUUGUAAUUCAUUAUGUCCAGCUUAGUAAAUGCUUCUUGGUUAACAGUUUCUGUAAGGAAGGUAGGUGACUUAUUUUGUUCAUAAGUUUCAGUGGAGAAAACAUUCAUUAGUUUCUGCCUUAUGAGAUGGCAGCCAUCCCUUGGACCAAGUUACUGCAUCAGUAUCAACAAUAAUCUUCAUGCUGGUAAUAGCUGAAUAUUUUCUUUUGCUGACUGCAGAUUUUGAUCUUAAGUACAUUUUGAUAGCUUAGUUAGCUGUUGUAAUUAAUUAGAUAAUUUAAGGCAAAGUGAAACUAACUGGGGUGUUAACUGGAACACUGCAGUGCUCCUGCUGUGCUUGUGAAGGGUGCUGUUAGACUUCACAGGGACUCCUCUUGCUUCUCUCUGGCCAUAAAGGGUGUGUGUUAACAUGAUCAUUAAGGCUUUACCCCUGGUCAGUGCUAAUCUGUCCAAUUCUCUCCUCUCUCAGAAGCAUCAAUGACUAGAGCAGAGACAGAAUUAAUCUUACUUCUAGGCCUCCACAUGUGCUGCAAUGCACACAGCCUGUUGUCCUGCAGGUGCCUGUGGACUGGAGGUUUUCUCUUACCAUAAGAGCUUUCCCAACUCAUCAUCACUCUUCCUGAUCAGUGAGCCUUAGCAGUGCACCUGUCCUUGGGAUGCCAUGGUAACUGCUGAUUAAAACUGUUUCAGGAUUUUUCCACAUAAAAAGUUUUUACAAGCUCUAAAAUAGGAAAGAGUCAAACGUAUUUCCUGAUCUGGUGAAUGCCUUGAAGCUCUAGCAGAGCUAUGUACUCAUCCUUUUGUCAUUCCUGCCUCCCCAUCUUGGACCAUUGGCUCCUGAGCUACAUACUCUGAGUCCUGAAGCACAGUACCUACAUCAGAAAUGUGCAGUGGCAACUAAAAAAAUUAAGGGCAAUCAUACUCCUUUCACUUUCUUUAUAUGGUGCAACAUCAAUAACUAGAACUAGCAAAGUAAUGCUCAAUUCACUAAAAGUUUGAAGGAAUAAAAGAUUGUGAAGACUAAGUGCAAGGCUUGCAUUCAUGUUUAAGGAGGUCAGCACAACUGAGGAACAGUCAUGCUUGUCUAAUAGAGCUGUUUUCAAAUUGCUUCGUGUAUGAGCACAAGCAUUCUGAGACUUCUGCUUUGUGGGUUUCAACCUCAUUAUUUUUUUCCUCUAAAAUGGUUAAAUGGUUCCUCAAAUCACAUAAACAUAACAAUGCAAAGAAAUAGGGGCGUAUCAACACCUGACAGAAACUACUGAGAGGUAACUGGCAGCCAGAAACAUGCACAGACACGGUGAAGUCUAAGCAUGCAAAUAAGCUGUGUUUUGCCCACGCCCAAGUCAGACACAAACAGCUUCAGAGAGCUACAGAGCACUGGAUCUCCGAGUAUCUCACUUCAGAAAAUCUUCACGAUGUUCCUUGCUAAAGCUUUGCUGAGUGGAGGAAGUGGUAGUAGUCGUGGAGGAAACCUUGCACGUGGCCUUGGAGGGCUCCUUACUGGAGGUGGAGGUGCAGGGAAUAUUGGAGGACUUGUUGGAGGUCUUGUCAACCUUAUAAGUGAAGCAGCAGCUCAGUAUAAUCCAGAGCCACCUCCACCUCCUCGCAAUCAUUUUACAAAUGUGGAAGCUCAGGAGAGUGAUGAGAUCAGACAGUUUCGUCGCCUGUUUGCCGAGCUGGCUGGAGAUGAUAUGGAAGUGUGUGCCACUGAGCUAAGGGACAUCCUGAACAAAGUCCUUUCCAGACACCAGGACUUGAAGGCGGACGGCUUCAGCUUGGACACCUGCCGCAGCAUGGUCGCCGUCAUGGACAGCGAUGGAAGCGGCAAACUGGGCUUUGAGGAGUUCAAGUAUCUGUGGAACAACGUCAAGAAGUGGCAAUGUGUGUACAAGCAGUAUGAUGCUGCUCAGUCGGGCGCUGUUGGGAGAGCCCAGCUGCCAAACGCCUUGAGGGCUGCGGGGUUCCAGCUGAACGAGCAGCUGUGCCAGGUGAUCGUGCGCAGGUACGCCGCCGAGGACGGCAGCAUGGAUUUCAACAGCUUCAUCAGCUGCCUGGUGCGGCUGGACAGCAUGUUCCGGGCCUUCAAGGCCCUGGACCACGAUGGAAGUGGGCACAUCAGAGUGACCAUUGAAGACUGGCUGCAGCUGACCAUGUAUUCGUGAAGGUGUGGCAAAGAAGUGGCUUUGUCUGGAAGAUACACCUGGAGGACUACACUCCUCUGCUACACAACUGUAGCCUUUGCCUUUAGUCUUUCUAAGGCAGAUGUAGCUAGUGGUAGGUGGCUCAGCUUCAAGUGUAGGUAUUCCUCUUGUGCAUGCACUAGUCUGCUUUUCUGAGGGGUCUGUGUAGGUUGUUGAUUGGGCAGUUGCAUAAGUUCAGAAAAUUCUAGAUUCUAAGGUUAGGGAAUAUAUUGGAAAGAUCAAAGCUUAGUUACCUUUUCAUGUAAGGUGGCUUGUAUACUAGUAUAACUAUUAUACAAAAAAGCUCCUAAGUUUGGUGUUGAUGUUGCUGUUCUGAUUUGUCAGCAGUCAAUAAGCUGGAAUAAAGGCUGUUUGCCUGAAGGCAGUCACUUGUAGAGUCUUGUGCAUUUAUUUCUAACAAGGGGAACAACAUUAGAGUUGCAAUAACUGUAAUGAUGAGUGAACUUACAUAAUCAUUCAAUUUCCUUUCUACUUCUGCUUUUUCAUGCUUAGCUGCUGAAGCAAAACCUCAGUUUUACUAUCAGUUCUAUCUGGUGGCCAGGACAAAAUUGAAGACUUAUAUGAGGCUACUUCUGAAAGGAUUUCCUCUCUACAGUUCCAUGAACUAGUCUUUUCUCUCUUUCCUUCAAGCCUAAACAUAGUUAUAAAGCAAACAACUUAAAAUACUACAUUUAUAUUUAGAGAAACUUGAAAUAAUUAUGCAGUCACGUAGCAGACAGAGAGCCAAAGUCAACCUUUGGCCAUCUGAGUGAAAUUUCAUCAGAGUGCAGCAUCCCACUCAAGGUAGUUAUGCAGUUCUGGCUAAGAUGUCAACUUCUGAG